AUGGAUUCUUUCAGUAUCCAGCCAGGCAUGCUGGAUCCCACUUUUGUCCCUAACGCUGAUAUGACCGUUUAUCCCGACGCCUUGACGUCGCUUGACAUGAACUCUAUGCCUCCUACGACUUUUGAGGAGAUGGAUGCUGUCCAACCCACUUUGAUGAAGGAAGACUCCACCAAAGCCCACGCGUCUGACAGUAUGCCUCCGAACAACAUCGGAGCCGGGCCCUUACCUACUGGCAUUCUUCCAAACAGCUCUCAAGCUUCUAGUAGCACUCUCAUCGAAUUCACCAAAAGGCGGAACUGGUCUCAACGACUCCUUGAGGAGCUCAAGGACCUGCUCUACAUUCUGACUCCCGAUGGCCGAUUUCUAUAUGUUUCCCCUUCGGCCAAAUAUCUCACCGGAUACAGCCCAGCAGACCUCCUCGGCAAAACGAUAUCGGAUUUCGUUCAUCCUGAUGACUCGGCUCUUUAUAUUCGCGAAUUCAACGAGAGCAUCGCCACAGGCAACUCCCUACGUUUCUUCCACCGCUUCCGGACCGCUGAAGAAAAGUACCACAUCUUUGAAUGUCAUGGACACCCACACCUCACCCACGAUAUCUCGCAAAGUGAAUUGGCUGGAGCGCCCGUGGGUGCUGCAGGAGUCUGUCGGGGUUUCUUCAUGAUGGCGCGUCCAUAUCCAACCAAAAACUCCGAACUUCUCGAUUCCUUUUUGGAACACAAAAUAGAAAAUGUCCGACUUCAAGCCAGAAUCGCCGCGCUGAAACGAGAAGAAGCCGAGGACGCCGAUGCCCACCAAGAGCAUUACCAUAAACAAGCCGGGGCCUCGAGCGCGCGGACUCCCAAUUCCGCCGACCUUGCACCCGUAUCCCCAUCCGUCAACUCCAAGACCGAGUAUCCUGACUAUUCCGGCAUGCCACCUCCGGCAAAACCAACUGUAUCGAAUACCGCUCUCACCCGUGAAGCUCUGGACGAAGCAAACGCAUUUGCUGGCCCCGAUAGCAUGCGGGACAAGAUGGCGCGAUACGAAGGCUCCUCUCACGUGGACUCCAUUGAGAUGUUGACCGGUCUUCGAUAUCGUGAGGGCGAGCGUUCACACGGAAUAUCGACCGGCGGAACGUCACCGGCUCUCAUCCGAGGCGACGCGGGUAUUCACAUCCCCGUCGACAAAGGGGAAUCUCGAUACUCGUACUCGGACAAGAAGCACAAGAAAGUGAAAAGUGCAGAAGAAUACGUCUGCACGGACUGCGGGACCCUCGACAGUCCGGAGUGGAGAAAAGGUCCCAACGGGCCAAAAACACUCUGCAACGCCUGCGGCUUGCGGUGGGCGAAGAAGGAGAAGAAGAAAACUGGUGUCACAAAUCCUGAAGCCACAUCUGCCGCGGCCAACACUAGCUCUGAUAGAGGGACACUUAAGAACCCAUCUCCGACUGUCCCGCCCCCCAAUAAAGAGUCAGGCUCCAAGGAGGAGGCGACAUAA